AUGUCACAAUUUUUUGAAUAUAAAGACACUAUAAAAGAGGGUGAUUUGGUGCUUGCAUGGUUGUCCAGGGACAAUUUGAAGCCAAUCACCGUGAAAGCUGGCGAGGUUUUCAACACUCGUUAUGGUGCUUUCUCACAUUCAGAUAUGAUUGGAAAACCAUUUGGUUCUCAAAUUGCUAUUAGAACGAAGGGAAGUAAUAGAUUUGGUUUCAUUCACGUUCUGCAGCCGACCCCGGAACUAUGGUCUAUCUCUUUACCUCACAGAACCCAGAUUGUUUAUACACCAGAUUCCUCCUAUAUCAUGCAGCGGAUGGAGUGCAAUCCUAGAUCUAGGGUCAUUGAAGCAGGUACGGGGUCAGGUUCCUUUUCUCAUGCGUUUGCCAGAUCUGCAGGUCAUUUAUUCUCAUAUGAGUUCCACGAAGUAAGAUACGAACAAGCGAAGCAGGAAUUUAAAGAACAUGGACUAUUGGAAGCUGGAAACACUACCAUAACGCAUAGAGAUGUUUGUAAAGAUGGAUUUGAAAUUAAAAACGGUGACACCACAUCGCAUGAAUUCAGAGGUCCAGAGGAAACGAAGGUGGAGUUGAAUGCUGACUGCAUAUUUUUAGAUCUUCCAGCACCAUGGGAUGCCAUACCCAAUUUGACUUCCGUUAUCUCAAAGGAAAAGAAGGUAAAUCUCUGCUGCUUCUCCCCAUGCAUCGAACAAGUGGAUAAGACCUUAGAAGCGCUAGAAGAGGAAGGAUGGCAAGACGUUCAAACGGUUGAAAUUCAAGGGAGACAAUAUGAGGCAAGAAGACAAAUGGUUCGUAGGUUGGACGAUGCUAUAGAGAGGUUAAGAGACGUCAAGAGAAGAAAACAUGAAGGCGUGGAGAAACGUCAGAAAAAUGUCGAACAAACGAGCAAUAACGGUUCGUCUGUUGAAGCCACAGAGUCGGAUAAGGACCUGAAGCACACAGAAAAGACCCAUUUCAAUCCAUUUGGUAAAGGGUCUCGUGUAAAGGAAGGUGAUUCAAACUUCGAAUGGACUCAAGUUUCUAAAGUUGAAUUGGAGAUCAAAUCUCACACAUCAUUUUUGACUUUUGCUUCAAAAAUCAUAGACAGAACGAGAGAUGAAGAACAAACAAAGGCAUACCUAGCGACCUUCAAAGACGAGGGCAGUAAAUUGAGCAAAAGGGAACAACGUAGGCUGAAAGCUCAAGCGAAUAAAGAUAUCCAAAAGGAAUAA